AUGACGGAAGAGGAAGAACUGAGGGAGCAACGCCCGCCAAAACCACACCACACGAAGCCUCGAUCCUCUUCCCAGGGGGGGGCCCUGCUGCACGACCGAUCCUUCGGAGCACACUUCCGGCGAGGGGCAGAAGAACGCAACGAUUUCACGGAGGCACAUCACCAACAACAGCAGACGGGUGCUCCACCGCACCAGCCUCAGGAACACCGCUGGGUGCACAGUCAGGAGUCACGGGGCCCACACCACCUCCAGCCCCGGGAAGUUCACCAUCCCCAGCACAAGGGUCACACCCCAUCUCCACACCAACACCGACCAACGCCAUGGACUCACACGGAUCUUAAUGCACCUCCGCAACCGCCGUCAACUGAGUACAGGGAGCAGGAACCUCCAGGGCCGCAGAGCCAACCGGCAAAGCAGACAAAACAGGAGCAGAUGAAGAGGCAGGCACGUCAGGUGAGAACACUCUACCAGGCACAUCCACAGAGCCCUGACCAUCCGUGGACGGCCCACUCCCCGGCAAGCGCGGAAAAUCUUCCUCAUGGAACACCGACGGGUCCUCCAUUCGAGGAACACGGCAAACAGCAGCGAAGUGACCCUCCUCACCACACCUGA